AUGACCGAGCCUCUCUGGACACCGUCGGCGGAGCGAAUGAAGCGCGCGCAUCUCAGCCGCUUUAUGGCCGAGGUGAGCGCCACGUGGGGCGUCGAUGCGGCCGACCACGCCGCCCUGCACGCCUGGUCGGUGGCCGAGCCGGCUCAGUUCUGGCGCUCCAUGUGGGACUUCGCCGGCAUCGUCGGCGACGGGCCGGGCGAGCGUAUCGUGAUCGACGGCGACAGGAUGCCCGGCGCCCGCUGGUUCCCCGAUGCCAGCUCAACUACGCCGAGAACCUGCUGCGCCGGCGGGACGAGGCGGACGCGCUGGUCUUCUGGGGCGAGGACCGGGUGCGGCGGCGCCUCAGCUUCGCCCGCGCUGCACGACCAGGUCUCGCGCAUGGCCCGGCGCUGCAGCACGCGGUGUCCGCCAGGGGGACCGGGUUGCGGGCUACUGCCGAACAUGCCGGAAACCAUCGUCUCCGCGCUAGCCAGCCGCGAGCCUCGGCGCCGUCUGGUCGUCGUGCUCGUCGGAUUUCGGCACGCGCGGUGUCCUCGACCGCUUCGGCCAGAUCGAACCCAAGGUGCUGAUCGCCGCCGACGGCUACUUCUAUGGCGGCAAGACCUUCGACCGCCGGCCGCAGGUGCAGGAGAUCCUGGCCGAGCUUCCCACCGUCGAGCAGGUCAUCAUCGUGCCCUAUACGGAGGAAAGCCCGCGCUCGACGGCGUGCGUGACGCCGUCCUCUAUGGCGCGGCACUCGCAGCGGAACAAGGCGGGCCGAUCGACUUCGUGCGGGUGCCCUUCGACCACCCGCUGGUGAUCAUGUUCUCCUCCGGCACCACCGGCGCGCCCAAGUGCAUCGUCCACGGCACCGGCGGCACGCUGCUGCAGCACAUGAAGGAGCAUGCGCUGCACAGCGAUAUCGGGCCUGGCGACCGGGUGUUCUACGCCACCACUGCGGCUGGAUGA